AUGUACGCCUUCCUGAUUCUGAAUAUCUGUUUCGUCGUUUUUGUUGGUGUUGGGUGCAAGAAGAAGAAAAACAAUGCGAGUAAACUGAAACCUCGUGACAUGUCAAAAGAAAAAGGAGUUACAAAGUCACCGGCUUCUAAACCAGGAACUCCGACGACUCCUACUCAAGAAGCAGAAAAAGUGAAAACACCGGAACCGGAAGCAGAACCUCCAAUGGCUCCAAGAGAAGCAGAUGAUAAUGAGACAAUCAAUGAAGCACCGUCUCAGUGGAGUGCUAUCAAAUAA